AGGUUUAUACUCUUGCUUCAUCAAUGUUUUGAGCAGAGUUGAGUUUUUUUUCUUCUAAAUAAACGGAUCUCUGCAACCAAAUUCUCCAGUUACACUAUUUUACUAUUCAGUACAGUUUUGUUGGCUCAGCGCCUUAGCGAAACACCAAAUUGCUUCAUCAAAACCUGUUUAAGGCCAAGAAGUUUCGAGAAAUAAUGGAUAUAGUGGAUCCUAGCUGCUGAAGAUUCGACAAGUGCAAAGAGACUUCAAGGUAGGAAAAAGAGAAAGAAAGGGGGAGGAAGAAAGAAAGCAAACGUAGACAUGGUACAACAGGAGGAACUGAAUUUCAUAAAAGGGAAUAUUAGGAACUCAGACAAUCAGAUUCUUCAAUGUUUUUAUUCUCUAAGAGUCUCCGAACGCAAAUUUGGAAGAGAAAAAAAUCAGGGCUUAUCUGCAUGUGAGGAUUGCGACCAUGGUGAAUCUUGAUUUCCCCGACGGUACCUCACCGCCUUCACAUAUUCUCCGCAGUAGAAAAUCCCCACGGAAAAAUGCUUCAAAGCCUUCUCCUCCUCCAGAACCAGCAACAGAACACGUGACAAAGAAGAUGAAGAAGAAGAAGAAGACAUUGGCGAGCAGCAGCAGAAUUUGGAACGAGGAAGAUGAGCUCACGGUGUUAAAAGGGUUAGUGGAUUAUCAAGCUCAGAAAGGAAACGAACCCAAGAGUAACUGGGCAGACUUUUAUCGUUUCCUGGGAGGGUCCAUCACGGGGAAAUUCUCAAAGGAACAGGUUUUGACAAAGAUCCGCAAGCUGAAAGCUAAGUUCAUUGCUUGCAUGCAGAAAGGAAACACUAGCAAAUCUGAAGCCUUUCUACUUUCCAAAAGGAUAUGGGGCCUCCAAAAUGAAUCUGAUCAGUCUGCUAAUCACACCAAGAGUGGUGAGGAAAUGGCUAAUCAUGAACCUUCGAAUAAUGAGGUAACAAAAGCUGACUUUGAAGGCAACGACGAGUCAUGGGCUGUGCGGGAUGCGUUCGAGACCAUGGUGUCCAAAGGUUUAAGUGAUUAUCAAAAGAAGUUGCAGCUUGAGAAGCUGAUGAACCUUGGAUCUGGUAAAAGAAGAGAGUUGAGCGAUGAGUGGAAAGAGUUAUGUGCUGAGGAAGUUAAACUCAAUAUCAAGCGGUUUAAGUUUUCUGCUGUGCUUGCAGAGGCUGCUAAAUGGUAACUUGGUGUCCUCGUCUUAUGACUAGUUUCUGCUUGUGUCUCUAAUAGAAGCAGUAUGUUUUCUGUGGUGUCUGAAAGUAUCAAGUCUCUCGGGUUUAAUGUAAAUCUUAAUGUAAUAAAAUAUCGGUUUCUACAAACUUAUACUCU